ACUGUGUUGCGCUCGUUCGGGUUUACCUCAUGCUUUGGCUCUUAUAAUAGGUUAUUUCCCAUACAUGUGGUAAAAGGAUUUAUGAACCGCCCAGGCGCGAUUUGCAACGCGGGAAAUACUUGCAAAAAUAGGAGCACACAUUGUAUCCACAUUGACAGUGUGAACACAAUUUUUGUAAAUUCAUGAAUUUUUGUGCCAUAUUUUUUAUAAGGAAUUGUGGCACGGUUUUCUACGUCUUUGGAAAUGAAUCCUAUUUUCACUCCUGAUUGAAUAGCUGAAUUUUGUGGGACACUUUCGGUCUUAUAGCUGCCGAACCCAACUUUUUGCUAAAGUUAGGUUACUUGAUAGCAAAGCUGGGUAAAUAGCUAUUUCUUUAGAUGGCAAGUGAUUCCUGAGCAUUGUGAUACAAUUUGAGAUUUGAUCAGCUUUUGACACAUUCGUCUUUCAUCUCAACGAUGGCCGAGAACAAGCAUCCUCAAGUUAUUUUUUGCAACGACUCUCCAAAGAGGGUCCUGGUGUCUGUGAUCAAAACCACCCCGAUCAAGCCCAGGAAGAACGAAUCUCUGAUAGCGACCAGCCCUGGAUUCAGCGACUUCAUGGUGUACCCGUGGAAGUGGGGAGAGAACGCCCAUAAUGUGAGCCUGAGCCCGGGCUCCGUAAACGGGGCUGCCUCCCCUACCGGGACCAACACUGCCAGCGAGGCGGACAUGGGUGCCUCCCCUGACCAGAUGAAGGACAGUAAAGAGGACGCUAUUCGGCGUGGCCGCCCGCGUGCUGACACUGUCCGUGAGUUGAUUAACGAGGGGGAGAGUUCCUCCAGCCGCAUCCGCUGUAACAUCUGCAACCGUGUGUUUCCUAGAGAGAAAUCCCUACAGGCCCACAAGAGAACACACACAGGGGAGAGGCCUUACCCGUGUGACUAUCCUGACUGUGGCAAGGCUUUUGUCCAGAGUGGCCAGCUAAAGACUCACCAGCGCCUUCACACCGGAGAGAAGCCCUUUGUCUGCUCUGAGAAAGCCUGCGGGAGUCGCUUUACCCACGCUAACCGGCACUGCCCAAAGCACCCAUAUGCCCGUUUGAAGAGAGAAGACCCCAAGGAGGGACCAAACAAGGCCCAGUCUGUAGAUAACAAGGCUGUGGCAGAGUGGCUGGCAAAGUACUGGCAGACCCGUGAGCAGCGUGCCCCUGUGCCCACCAAGGGGAAACCCCAGGGCGGGGUGGAGGACCAGGAGCAGCAGGACCCCCGGGAGUUUCUCCAAUCAGAUGAGGAGGAAGAGGAGGAGCCAAUGGAGGAAGAGAAGUGCAACGGGGGUGGGGCUGCCAAACGGAGUCUCCAAGAGCAACGGGAGCGUCUCCAUGGUGCCCUGGCGCUCAUUGAGCUGGCUAACAACCUGUCUGCCUGAAACCCUACCCAUAUCCCAGUGUUGAAACCCUCCCCAGUCACUCUCGUUCUGCCUCCCUGCACAAUGUGUUCUGGGUAGAAGUUGUCUGUAGGGAAACAUCUAGGAUAAGCUUACCCUCCCCAAAUACUUAACCAUUAAUGGGGGGAAAUUCUAAGCGGAACCUAGAUCAGUAUCUGGGGUUCUUCUCCAUGUGCAGUGUGGGGCAGGCACAAGCUAAAAGCACCUUAUCCAGCUUCCAAUUGUAUCCUUAUUAGGCUGCUAAGAUUGUAGAUCACAGGUGGCUGGUGGCACCUUAGUUGGGGAGGACGGGCUCAUAAUAAUGGCUGGAAUGCAAUAAAUAGAACAUUCCAUUCUCUACAUUCCAGCCAUUAUUAUGAGCCUCCCCUCACCAGCCUCCUGUGUUGUAGAUGUCAAUAUAUGAAGAACGUUUCACUUUCCUCUGCCUUCUAAAGACUGGAGGAGAUGACCUUUUAAUGUUUAGUUUGUUUUGUUUGCACUUUGGUGGUAACGAGUUAUUUGUUAUGUCUUUUACUUUUGACGAUAAAGUAUAUUGUGUGAGUAUGUUUAUAUAAUGGAAGUCUAUGUAGAUUUAGCUCAGAUGGAUGGAGUGAUACAGGGUGCGGUCAGUCAUAGGACAGUUUUAGGUGUAUCUAAAUACUGGAAAGUGGAUUCCUCUCCUGAUUCUCUGAUCUGGACUGUGACACGAUAGGUGAAAAAGCAAUGUGGUGGAAGCCUAUCAGGGGAUUUCGCUUCCACCUGUCUAGUUCUUUCAGAUCAGUGCAGGUGAAGGAGAGUAGAUGAGGGGAGGAAGUCACUGUAGAGACUAUUGAGAUGCAACCCAUUGCAAGCCUAAUCUACAGUAGUGGCUAGCCACAAGCUUUCACAAAAAUUCAAGCUCCAACCCCUUCACCUAUUAAAUGUAUCACACCCAGAACUGUAGCUAUAACCCUGGAGGGACAAGUCUUGUCCUGGAGAGCCGCAGAGUGAGCAGCCGCAGCUCCAUAUCAGCCCUUAACAAACCUGAUCUAGAUGAUCAUCUUAUCACGGAUUUAGACCACAAGUUAGUUGGGUCAGGUGUGUUAGAGCUGGGCUGGAACAAAAGCCUGCCCAUGCUAUGGCUGUGCAGGCCUGGCGUUGGCCUUCUCCACUCUAACCAAAUUACAUGGCCAGACAUACGGAAGAGGAGUAUUUAAAGUCAUUAGUGUUGCCACCUUUUAUAUUAAAAGAUGCUGGCUGAUUGGAGAUACGGACUUGUAGCCCCAUUGGUGGUGUAUGUACAAGUCUUCUCUAUAAUCAACAUUUCAUAGGUAUUUAUUUCAUCAUGUUUUUUUGUCCUUUUUGUUAACGAUCUGCUAUCACAAGCUGUCUCCGAGUACUGACAUAUAGUUCCAUUGAAGAAUAUAUUGAUCAUCGCCUCCCUAAAUGAUUUAGUAUCUAUCAACGUCAACUUCUAGCCGUUAGAAUUGUACUCCCCUUUGCAGCAGCACGUGUAUCUACAGUAUCUGCUACUAAGUUUUGCAUUUAUGGAUUAAGCUUGCAAUGUAACAUGUUUCCACCUAUUAGACCAGUCUAGAGAAAUGGGACAUGUUUCCACCUAUUAGACCAGUCUAGAGAAAUGGGACAUGUUUUCACAUAUUAGACCAGUCUAGAGAAAUGGGACAUGUUUCCACCUAUUAGACCAGUCUAGAGAAAUGGGACAUGUUAGACCAGUCUAGAGAAAUGGGACAUGUUUCUACCUAUUAGACCAGUCUAGAGAAAUGGGACAUGUUAGACCAGUCUAGAGAAAUGGGACAUGUUUCUACCUAUUAGACCAGUCUAGAGAAAUGGGACACGUUAGACCAGUCUAGAGAAAUGGGACAUGUUAGACCAGUCUAGAGAAAUGGGACAUGUUAGACCAGUCUAGAGAAAUGGGACAUGUUAGACCAGUCUAGAGAAAUGGAACAUGUUUCCACCUAUUAGACCAGUCUAGAGAAAUGGGACAUGUUUCCACCUAUUAGACCAGUCUAGAGAAAUGGGACAUGUUAGACCAGUCUAGAGAAAUGGGACAUGUUUCUACCUAUUAGACCAGUCUAGAGAAAUGGGACAUGUUAGACCAGCCUAGAGAAAUUGGACAUGUUUCCACCUAUUAGACCAGUCUAGAGAAAUGGGACAUGUUAGACCAGUCUAGAGAAAUGGGACAUGUUAGACCAGUCGAGAGAAAUGGGACAUGUUUCUACAUAAAGGAGGGUGUAAUGAAUGCUUGGCGUUGGCAAUGUUUUAUUAUUUGUUAGCAACACUACAUCUCUUAACAUUGUGUAAAUUGCCAAUUGUUUUUAUAUAUAUGUUUUUGUUGUUUUCAUUAGGUUUGUGCUUCCUGCAACACCCAGAUGCUUUGUUGGCCAUAUGUGAUUAAGUGUUGUAUCCCACUGGGCACAUACUGGUUGAAUCUACGUUGUUUCCCAGGCAUAAAAAAAAACGAUGUUAUGACAUUGAAUCAACGUGCAAAAAUGAUUAGAUUUGGAAAAAGUCAAAGGACUUUAGGGAAUAUUUGUCUAUUUCACCCAGCUUUUAACCUAAACGACAUGGUUCAAAUGUUUGUUGAUAUUAUGUUUCUUGACAACUCAAUCGAAUAUAAAUCUAAACUAAACUCAGCAACAACAAAAAACGUCCUCACUGUCAACUGCGUUUAUUUUCAGCAAACUUAACAUGUGCAAAUAUUUCUAUGAACAUAACAAGAUUCAACAAAUGAGUCAAACGGAACAAGAUCCACAGACAUGUGACUAACAGAAAUGGAAUAAUGUGUCACUGAACAAAGGGGGGGGGUCAAAAUCAAAAGUAUCAGUCAGUAUCUGGUGUGGCCACCAGUUGCAUUAAGUACUGCAGUGCAUCUCCUCCUCGUGGACUGCAUCAUAUUUGCCAGUUCUUGCUGUGAGAUGUUACCCCACUCUUCCACCAAGGCACCUGCAAGUACCAGGACAUUUCUGGGGGGGAAUGGCCCUAGCCCUCACUGUCUGAUCCAACAGGUCUCAGACAUGCUCAAUGGGAUUGAGAUCCGGGCUUUUCGCUGGCCAUGGCAGAACACUGAUAUUCCUUUCUUGCAGGAAAUGCACAGAACGAGCAGUAUGGCUGGUGGCAUUGUCAUGCUGGAGGGUCAUGUCAGGAUGAGCCUGCAGGAAGGGUACCACAUGAGGGAGGAGGAUAUCUUCCCUGUAACGCACAGCAUUGAGAUUGAAUGCAAUGACAACAAGCUCAGUCCGAUGAUGCUGUGACACACCACCCCAGACCAUGACGGACCCUCCACCUCCAAAUCGAUCCCGCUCCAGUGUACAGGCCUCGGUGUAACGCUCAUUCCUUCGACGAUAAACCCAGUCCGACCAUCACCCCUGGUGAGACAAAACCACGACUCGUCAGUGAAGAGCACUUUUUGACAGUCCUGUCUGGUCCAGCGACAAUGGGUUUGUGCCCAUGGGUGACGUUGUUGCCGGUGAUGUCUGGUGAGAACCUACCUUACAACAGGCCUACAAGCCCUCAGUCCAGCCUCUCUCAGCCUAUUGCGGACAGUCUGAGCACUGAUGGAGGGAUUGUGCGUUCCUGGUGUAACUCGGGCAGUUGUUGCCAUCCUGUACCUGUCCCGCAGGUGUGAUGUUCAGAUGUACCGAUCCUGUGCAGGUGUUUUACACGUGGUCUUCCACUGCGAGGACGAUCAUCUGUCCAGCCUGUCUCCCUGUAGUGCUGUCUUAGGCCUCUCACAGUACAGACAUUGAAAUGUAUUGCCCUGGCCACAUCUGUAGUCCUCAUGCACGUUCACGCAGAUGAGCAGGGACCCAGGGCAUCUUUCCUUUGGUGUUUUUCAGGGUCAGUUGGAAGGCCUUUUUAGUGUCCUAAGUUUUCAUAACUGUGACCUUAAUUGCCUACCGUCUGUAAGCUGUUAGUGCCUUAACGAACGUUCCACAGGUGCCUGUUCAUUAAUUGUUUAUGGUUCGUUGAACAAGCAGGGAAACCGUGUUUAAACCCUUUACAAUGAAGAUCUGUGAAGUUGUUUGGAUCUUUACAAAUUAUCUUUGAAAGACGGGGUCCUGAAAAGAGGACAUUUCUGUUUUUGCUGAGUUUAGAUGUUGAAUUGACAUCUGUGUCCAGUGGGAUGACAUGUCCAAUACAUUUUGUUGAUAGAGCACAGGCUAAACUGGAACUUAGUUAAUAAUCAAAACAACCCAAGUGUAGUGUAUAUAUCUUGAUGUAUUUUGAACACUUUGUUGAUUAUUUGGUUAAAAAGUUAAGUUUUGGCAGUUAAUAUAUUCCACAACUUGUUUGUUUGAAAAAGAGAAAACAAAUCUACAGUACAAGAGCUUUGAAUUUGAUGAUUAAAUGAUUAUGAAAUUCACUCUCCCUCACACCAUGUUAACAGACCAUAGCAUUGUGCGUUUUAGGCCUUAAUAUGAAAUGUUCUGACUUGCUUUGUAGAGAUGACAUUGUUGAUGUUUGAAACAGUUUCUCUUUAUAGGCAGUCCACACUGUUGGUACUUGUUGGUCUUCAAUAAACACCAUCAAUGAUCAUGA